UGUAGGAGACUCUUUACAACGGUUCCUGAAAGUUUACUGGUGUGGCUGCUUUCAGGAAGGGAGACAGAAACCAAAACAGGGGUACAAGGAAAGAGACAAACAAGGAAGAACAAGAACCCCCCCCCCCCACUACAAUAAUGAAGACGAGAUCAUACAGGCAACAAGGUCUGUAGUCAUUUAAGAAACAGGAUGCUGAAAUAAAACCUUCAAAAAUAAUAACCCAUUAUGCAACUGAUCUGACAAGCAGCAAGAUUUCAAAAAAUCUGCAUGACACUGCCACUUAUGGGAUGGAAAAUAUUCACCAUGCAGCACUUCAAAACAAAACAGUUUUCCAUAUAAAUAUCUUAAAAAGACUGAAAGGGGAAAAUACACUGAUAAAGAAAUGUAAAAGAAGUUCAGAAAAGCUCUUGGCACCAUAGCAUACCAAAGAAAUGAUGUCGAAAGCAUGUCCAGAAAGAAGUAAAGUUAUAAGAAAAAAGUGGGGCACAUUAUUAUAAAAUGCUGUUUUGUUAAAAGGAAGAUACAAACUUUUUCAUUCACUGGCCUGAAACUGUCUCUGGUAAAAGAGAAGUGAGCAAACUGCUUCUUCUACAGUCAUAACAGUGGUGCCUUUUUUCUAAACUCUUCUGCUCCGUAGAAUUUGGCCGUCGACUUAAAAUACUUGAAGAGAGCUAACCUACCUCCGGAUACUUACUGUAGCUAGACUCCCUUCUAGCCUCUCUGCUGUGUUGUUUACCUGUUGUUGCUACUUACAAGUGCGGGACAGGAAACAAACGUACCCCCUGUGAUUCUGUUGUGCUUCUUUCUUCACGUCUAACAGGUGGAAGAAUAACUGAGUGAGGGCGACUUUAUCCGACGAGGAAUGACUCUUUGGUAUGCAGCAUGUGCUCAGGAAUAAAGAGAGCCAAGAAGAGGAAAACGAGCAAAGUGACAGAGAAAAGAACCAAAGGACAAUGUCCUCAAUAUCUACUGAGUACCAGAAGCCUGAGGAGUUCCAGUGCAUAGCAAAGUCCAGACGAGAAAGCUUCUUCAAAUCUGGUGUCAUGUCACCUAGCAUAGAGGAACACUUCUAUCCAUUCGUUCUGGAGAGGCAGGAAUCCUAUGUAGGAGACACGUCCGCAGCUGUGGAGGAAGAAGAAGAAGACCUGACUCUGGUGCUUCAUCGCAAGCAGAGGGACUUGCACCUGGCAGCAGAACUGGGCAAGGCACUGCUGGAGCGAAAUGAGGAGCUGAGUCGCAGGUACGAUGCACUACAGCAGGAGUUCGUGGAGAAAAUAGAGAGCUUGGAGCAGGAGAAACAUGAGCUACGUUUGAGGCUUGAGGCACAAGAAAGCUUAUGGGAAACACGGGUAUCUGAGCUAGAGACUGACCUAACAGCAGUGAAAGCAGAAUUUGAACGUCAGCAGAAUGAGAAGAGAGACACCAGUCGUGAGAAAUCACAUGCUGUACAGGAACUAUCGGAACAGAACCAGCGUCUGGUUGAGCAGCUGAGUAAGGAUCAGUCAUCUGCAAAACCGCAAUAUGAUGCCAACAAUGAGGCCCCGCUUUCUCCAGCAAUUGCUUCUGAUUUGCUGGAAGAUGGUAAAUAUGACAACAAACUCAAAUGUGUCAUCCACUGUGGCAGUUAA